CCGCCUGUCCGCGAGAACGAGCGAGGGAGAAGCCGAGGCAGCAGCAGCAGCAGCACCAUUAGACGUCAAAAGGGCCCUUAUGAAUAUUGAUGCGGGGAAGGCUCGCGCCGCUUUCGUCAAGGAGCAGAAAGAAGCAAGAUGGCUGCCCUUUAGGAUUGGGUAGGAGGCAGAGCCCUGCGCGUCGGACGGACGGACGGACGGAGGAGGAGGAGGAGGAGGAGGAAAAGGAGGGCGGCCCAGGCCCAGAGAGAGAUACAGUAAGCGGGCAACCUUGUGGAUGGCCCCAGAGUAGGCCAGAUGGAACAGGACAGAACCAAUCAUGUUGAAGGCAAUAGUUUGACACCAUUUCUAAUUCCACAUCCUUCUCAUGUUUGCCAGGCAGAGCCUUUGUCAGUGAAGCUGCAGAAUGGGAGCCCAUCAGCAGAGAAGGCCCACAUUGAAAUAAAUGGCAAUGACACAUGGCUGCAUUUCAAGGACAGCUAUGGAAUGAACCAUGCUGUGAAAGGAAAAGCAAAUAAUCGAGUCAGCCCUGAUCUCAUGCAGGAAAGGAGAGGUUGUAAUAAAUAUAUGCAAAAUGGUGGGAUAAAACGCACUUUCAGUGAUCCAUCCCUGUAUGGGCUUUACCAGAACAAGAAGCUUAAACAAGAUGAAGAAGCAAAAGGAGGGAAAGAGGCCUUCUUAGUUGAUGGUGAUCAACCAGAUGUUUCUAAUGCAUGCAGUGAGAAGGACUUGGCAGGUUUUAGAGUGGAACAAAGUGCAGCUUCAGUUCUUAUACAGUCUUCAAGAUACAACUGUGGUGCUUUAAAAUCUCCUCAUGCUCCCCAAAUUCAGGAUGAACUGGAGAAUAGAGGCAUUAAUUGCCACAAGAGAGACAUUGUCUUGCUACACAAGAACAAGGCAGUGCCAAUACCUAAUGGUGCUAUCGUUACUGCCUCUUCUAUGGAAAACAUGCAUGGCGAACUCCUUGAGAAAACACUUUCUCAGUAUAAUCCAGACCAUGUUUCCAUUGCAAUGCAAAAAUCCACAUCUCUUACAAACGCCAUAAGUCCUCAGGCUACUAAUGACUUGGCUUGUGGCACACCACAUUCAUCCCAUACCUCAGGGCAGAUCAGCUCCCCACAAACCUCAAAUUCUGAGCUGCCUCAGGUGCUAUCUUCUGUGGCUACUGAGAUCCACAGUACUGAAAACUCCAGUGAAUCACCUAUAUUGCCAGCAUGCUACACUUUUCAGAAUCCAGAACGUCAGUUACAGCAGGAAAAGUCAGAAAAUUCACACCAGUCACCUGCAGAGAACUUUGUCCCAGGAGACACGGGGCAGGUUCCCAAUUUGGAUUACUCACAAACCAAUCAAAAUUUCUCACUAAAUCCCAAUAACAACCCGAAAGCUCAAAACAAUAGCUUGAAAAGAUUGUCAGAGCCUUCAGGUGAAAACGGUGCUUUAUUUCAACAAAAUUCCAUGUUCAAGAAGGGUUCCUUCAGUUCACCUUCAGUUGCAUCUUCCUCUCCAACUCCAGAGAUAAACAGUAUUCUGUCCAUUGAGGGUUCAGAAGGACAUAAUAACACUUCUGAAACUCAAAGUCAAAUGAACCAUUUUAAAGAAGAGAAAGAUGGAGAGCAACAGCUACAAGGGGAAAUUGCAACACAGAUUCCUGACUUUUGCCAGCAAGCACUAAGUUCACAACAGGGUCUUCAACAAGGUGCUCAGGUUUCAUCUGGCAAUGAAAGUGAUCCAGCACUCUCAGUGACACCAGGAGUCAGACAACAAUACUCCAAUGAAAUGACAUCAGGAAUCAGGCAUCAAUAUCCCAAUGAAAUACAGAUCAAAAUGGAGCCUCACAUUCAAGACACACAAUUAUUAGGAAGCAGUAAAGAUUUGCAACAUUUUCAGCAUCUCUAUGGCCAAAUUAAUCAGGAGAAUCUUGCUGAUAAUGAAAAAGAUACAGUAAAAAAUCAAUUCCAACAGUCAAGAGCUCACCUGCAGCCUUCUUGGACAGGAAUGCCAUCCCCUCACUUUCAUCCCAGUGAGUCUCACCAAAAAUCAAAUGAGGUUCUUUUGAGGACAAUGCUUCAGUUCCAGUCAAAUUCAGCAGAGCAGAUGCAUUCAGAGCAGUAUUCUGAAAAUCCUGAUAGGUCAAAAGUGCACACAGAACAAGCAUGCUACCAGAAUAUCACACAAUGUGAGCAAAUACCAGCACUAUACAAGAAUGAGGCAACUCAGUUGCCUCCUCACCUUACAGCCAACCAGCAAAUGCAUUUCCAAAAACAUUCACCCCCACAGCCUACAAAGAUGAAUACUCUGUUGAAAUCCCAUGAACAGCAGCAAAAUGCAAAGCACUUUCACUUUGAGGCACGAGCAGAACAUCACAAUGAAGAGUCUUUGGAAGCACAGUUAAAACCACAGCACUUAAAUCCUCCACCACAGGAGAAUGAGCAAUAUUUACGUUCACAUAUUUUGCAACAGAUGCUCCAGACUCAGCCAGUACAACUGCCACAGAAUCCACAACUAACCAUGAACUCCCAGCAGCAAGCAUUGCAAAUGAAAAACAGAGACGUUCCCCAGGCAUUCUCCCAUUCACAUAGCAGUCAAGAGCAGCAAUUGGAAGGAACUUCAUUUAGUCAGUUUAAAUUAGAGGAAUUUGAAACAGCAAACAAUAACUUCAAAUCAAGUGAGUUCCCAAUACAAAACCCCCAGACCAGACUGGACCAUGGAUCAGGUAUCAACAAUCAUGCUUUCAAAGCAAAUACUAUCGAAAAGCAUUCCUACCCAAACAACAUGCACUUAAUCCCUGAGAAAAGGGAAAAACCUAUGAACACUGAGCUGUUUGCAGAAAACAUGACACAUGACUUACAGCAUAUGCAAUAUUAUUCAAAUAGUAUGACCCCAAAACAAGAUACAUCCCAGUGUUUUCAGGAUCAGAAGCCGCAGUCUCCGCUAGAAUCAGCUCCACAACGGCCCUUCCAGCAAACACAAGAAUAUCCAAAUUUUACCUCCAACAUAUGUAGCCAGCAAGCUACCCAGACUCAACCGAGUUACUUGCCAUAUAGUCAGCAAACAGUAUCUAAUGCAGUAGAUCAAAGGGAAUGCCAGCUUACAUCUCAACCCCACAGGGAUUUUCAAAAGCAUGCUGCUCUCCGGUGGCAUAUUUUAAACAAGCAAGAGCAACAAAUGAACCAAAACAAAUCUGACACAUGUCACAUUAUGGGUCACAACAAACCUAUCAAAGCUGAAGUUGGCUCCAAGUUUAAUGCAUGUCUUCCUCAGUUGGCUGGACAGUUGGAAAACAAGACAUGGAAGAAAACAAUCAAACAAGAGGUUCAGAACUUUAGUUGUGAGAACUCGCAACAAAGGAGUAUUAUUGAAACCAUGGAGCAGCAGUUGAGACAGAUUCAGGUCAAAACACCCUUUGAUCACAAGUCCCUUACUAUCAAAUCACCAAAACAUAUAAAAGUCGAAUCUGCAGGACCCAUCACUAUUUUGUCAAGAAAUUACAAUCCUGCAGAAUUUCAUGCUGCAUCCUUAGAUCAACAACCUGUUCAUUCUAAUGAAAAAACACCAACCAAAAGAACUGCGGGAACAGCCUUCAAUCAUUUUUUAGAGUCGCCUUCCAAGUUUUUUGAUACUCCUGUAAAAAACUUGCUGGAUACACCUGUCAAAACCCAGUAUGAUUUCCCCUCAUGCAGCUGUGUUGAGCAGAUUAUUGAGAAAGAUGAAGGUCCCUUCUAUACACAUCUAGGAGCUGGUCCCAAUGUGGCUGCUAUUAGACAAAUCAUGGAAGAACGAUAUGAACAGAAGGGCAAAGCCAUAAGGAUAGAAAGGAUUGUCUACACAGGCAAAGAAGGCAAAAGUGCACAGGGAUGCCCUAUCGCCAAAUGGGUGAUUCGUAGAAGUAGCACUGAAGAAAAACUCCUGUGUUUGGUGCGAGAACGUGCAGGCCACAGCUGUGAAACAGCAGUGAUCGUUGUGCUCAUCUUGGUGUGGGAAGGAAUCCCUCAGAGCCUAGCAGACAAGCUGUAUUCCGAUCUCUCUGAGACUUUAAGGAAGUAUGGCACACUUACAAACCGCCGGUGUGCUCUCAAUGAAGAACGAACUUGUGCAUGCCAAGGCCUGGACUCUGAGAGUUGUGGUGCAUCUUUUUCUUUUGGUUGUUCAUGGAGUAUGUACUACAACGGAUGUAAAUUUGCCAGAAGCAAGAUCCCAAGAAAGUUUAAACUAUUAGGAGAUGAUCCAAAAGAGGAAGAAAAACUAGAAUCCAGUCUUCAAACACUAUCAACACUAAUGGCUCCUACUUACAAAAAACUAGCACCUGAUGCUUACAACAACCAGAUUGAAUAUGAACACAGGGCACCUGAGUGUCGGCUGGGUUUAAAAGACGGUCGGCCAUUCUCCGGGGUCACUGCCUGUCUGGAUUUUUGUGCUCAUGCUCACAGGGACUUGCAUAAUAUGCAGAAUGGCAGUACAUUGGUAUGCACACUAACCAGAGAAGACAAUCGUGAAAUUGGUCAAACGCCAGAAGAUGAACAACUGCAUGUGCUCCCUUUGUACAAAAUCUCCCAUAUAGAUGAAUUUGGAAGCACGGAAGGACAAGAGGAGAAAAAGCGAAAUGGUAGCAUCCAGGUCCUCAGUUGUUUUCGGCGAAAAGUUAGGAUGCUGGCUGAACCGGUUAAGACUUGUCGGCAAAAAAAGCUGGAAGCCAGGAAAGCAGCCAGUGAGAAACUGGCUGCUAUGGAGAAUGGGUCUAGCAAACAUGACAAGGAAAAAGCAGCAACUGCACGUUCGAAACAGGCCAACACAGAGCAAUCAGGUCAUGCAAAACAGUUAGCAGAUCUAUUACGACUUUCAGGACCAGCCAUCUCACAGCAGCAGUUGUAUCAACAUCCAUACCAUGCCCUUCCUGCUAAAUCUCAGACAAACCACAUCAACGCAUACUCCGCUUCAGGUUCUGCAAACCUCUACAUGGGUCUCCCUAAUCCAGCCAAUCCAUAUUCAAACUCUUCACAUGCUCCAGAAUCUUACAGAGGAUCUAACCCCAUGAAUAUCUACCCAACAUCUUCACAGCCUACAGGAGCUUAUUUAAAUUCUUCCGGUCUUGUGAAUCCCUACUCUGUACACUUGGGUCAAAAUAGCCAAUAUCCCCAUUACCAAUGCAAUGGAAAUCUGCCUAUGGACAAUUGUUCUUCCUAUUACAGUUCCUAUUCUUCUCAGCCUCAGCAUAUGGACUUGUUUAGAUAUCAGAGCCAAGAUUCUCUAUCUAAACUAAGUCUACCUCCAAUUCAUACAUUAUAUCAGCAUAGGUUUGGAAAUAGCCAGAAUUUUGGGCCCAGGUACUUGAAUUACGGAAACCAAAAUGUGCAGGUAGAUGCAUUCAACAGUUGCACCAUUAGGCCAAAUGUUCAGCAUGCAGGUUCUUUUCCUCCUUACUCCACACAUGAGGCUGAGGACCCUUUUAUGGACAUUGCCUCCAGACUGAAAUCUAGUCUAAAUAAUCCAGGCAUGGACUACAUAAAUAAAAACAGUGACCAUCUAUAUCCCCCUCCACACCUAGCCCAUGACUACCAAUCUACUGCAGGUAUGUUCAGCGGUCCUCCUCAUUCACUCCAUCUCCAAAACAAGGAUAGUCAAACAACAAAUGGGCUGUCAAAUAUGCUUCCAGAUCUUAAUCCUAAUAGAACUGCUUCCCAAGAGGGUGUAAAUAAAACUGAGGUGCUCAACCAGCCAGAGGAUCCUGAUGAUGUUUGGUCAGACAAUGAACAGAGCUUCCUGGAUCCUGAUAUUGGAGGUGUGGCAGUUGCCCCGUCUCAUGGGUCAAUUCUCAUAGAGUGUGCAAAACGUGAACUCCAUGCAACAACCCCAUUGAAAAACCCUAACAGGAACCACCCCACAAGGAUAUCGCUUGUCUUCUACCAGCACAAAAGUAUGAAUGAGCCGAAGCAUGGUCUAGCUUUAUGGGAGGCCAAAAUGGCUGAGAAGGCUAGAGAAAAGGAGGAGGACUGUGAAAGGUAUGGUCCAGAUUAUGUGCCUCAGAAAGUGCAUGGUAAAAAAGUAAAGCGGGAGCCUGUUGAACUGAAUGAGAACUUGGAACCCACCUACAUGCGCUUCAUCAGGUCUCUUGCACAAAGGACGAUGUCGCUCACCACAAACUCCACAGUUACCACAUCUCCAUAUGCCUUUACACGGGUUACAGGGCCUUACAACCGAUAUAUAUAGAAGUCAAAUCUCUGUUCAUUACCUCAUCUGUUUACUUUUGUUUUUAAAUGUCAAUACGGUGAUCAUUCUUUCUAGGCUGUGGACAGGGAAAGGGCAAGAGACAGUAUUUUGGUUUUUAACUGGUUGAUGGGAAAACUUCCUCAUACCAGCAUAAGCGGUGAUGCUACCAUUGCAUUCAUUUGGUAAGUUGCAGAAAAUCACAUGCUGCGAAUUCAAACCAAAGCACCCUAUGCAAAAUUAAUAAAUUAAGUGAUAGUCAGCAGUUAACACUGAAACACUGGCUCAACUACUGGAAGAGAGAAUCCAUAUUCGUAAAAUGCAUCACUGACCAUUUUUAAUGAAAAGAAGUACAGUUACAAUGGUUUGUUUGUUUUAUAAAGUAAAAAAAUACUGUAGUAUUUCAGUAGCAGAAAUUUUAAAAUUCCACCAGGUGCUGAAUCUGUACUGUGCUGAAAUACAAGAAAUACUGCUUUUUAUCAUACAGGGGUUCUUUUUCAACUGUAAGCUUAAUAUUGACUUGAUUUUUAUUAAUCGGGAUAGCUAUAUAGAUAACAAGGUAUACAAACAAAAACACUGAAUUUGUUUGGCUAUUCUAAAACAUGGUGCUAUAUAUAAGAAUGGUGUCUAACAGUUUUAAUGUCUUUCGUUAACAAUGAUUAAGUUAAAAGUAUAUUCUUCUCUCCUUGAACAGGAACUUUUUAAUUUUGCAUUUGUAUCCAGUUUAGCUCUAUUCUUUUUUAAAAAAAAAUAUCCAGGUAAUUAGAUGAAUUAUGAAUUAAAAAUUCAAGAAAUGAGAUGAGUCAUGAUCUAACGAAGCUAUCCAUGGGCAAUAAAAUGAUUGUAUGUAAAGCCAGUGGUCAGCUUAAAAUUUUACAUAACAACCGUUUGCACAAAUUCUAAUGCUUUUCAUUGUAUGUGUAGACAAAAGUAUAUUUCAGACCAGAGUUUUAAAAAAUUACUUAUGUCUUCCAGAAUCCCCCAACUGAAAAAAAUUAGGAGUUGUCAUCUAAGCUAAGUUUUCUAGGUGCACAUUUGGACAUAAUUGUGCCAUAAUUUAUCAGUACUAGAUGAUGAUGAUGAUGAUGAUGAUGAUGAUGAUGAUGAUGAUGAUGAUGAUGAUGUAGUAGUAGUAGUAGUAGUAAUGAUGCAUCCAUUAGGUGUCAAGGAGUUGUCACCUGUUUUAAGUUUACCAGAACUUAUCCAAAUGGGAGAAAAAUUAUUGGUUUAUCUUGUGAUUGGCAAACAAGCUGCAAUUAAAAUACAAAGUAUAAUCCUGGUUUGUUAACAAACCAUAAUUUAAUAUAUUUUUUAUUUUCCAAGUGUGGUUGUAAAUAUCAACCCUGCUUAGAUUGAAAUGCAAUGUGGAUCAUUGCAUCUCUCUCUCUCUCUUUUGUGGUGACAUGAAUUAGAAAAGAAGUGAAGACCCACUGAAUAGCAGAAUUCAAUACAGUUUCAGACCAAUAUUGAAGAAAGUUGCAUAGGAAAUCCUGGAACCAGUUUGAGGCCCAAAUAGAUGGAGAUUAUAGCAUCAUAGAAUCAUAGAAUGAGCCAUACAGUCCAACUCCCUACCAAGAAGCAGAAAAAUUGCAUCCAAAGCACCCCUGACAGAUGGCCAUGUAGCAUCUGUUUAAAAGCCUCCAAAGAAGGAGCCUCUAUCACACUCCAGGGCAGAGAGUUCCACUUCUGAACAACUCUCACAGUUAGGAAGUUCUUUCUAAUGUUCAGGUGGAAUUUUCUUUCCUGUAAUUUGAAGCCAUUGUUCCACAUCCUAGUCUCCAGGGCAGCAGAAAACAAGCUUGCUCCCUCACAUAUUUAUACAUGGCCCUCAUCAUGUCUCCUCUCAGCCUUCUCUUCUGCAGGCUAAACAUGCUCAGCUCAUUAAGCCACUCCUCAUAGGGCUUGUUCAGCAGACCCUUGAUCAUUUUAGUCACCCUCCUCUGAACACAUUCCAGCUUGUCAACAUCUUCCUUUUGUUGUAGUACCCAGAAUUGGACACAGUAUUCUAGGUGCGGUCUAGCCAAUGCAGAAUAGAGGGGUAGUACAGAACACUGCUAAACCAUAGAGCA